AUGGGGAGUUCUGGUGGCAUGGAGGAACUGGUGAAUGUGAAAGGUGUCCAAGGACAGGGAGCGCAGCUCCCACCUGGGGGGAUGCCCCAAGUGGUUCAGCUGCCACCUGGCGGUGUCCCGCAAGUUAUGGGUCAGCUGCCCUCUGGGGGGGUCCGCCAGGUUGUGGGUCAGCUCCCACCUGGGGCAGUCACCCAGGUUGUGGGUCAGCUCCCACCUGGGGUGACAACCCAAGUUGUGGGUCAGCUCCCACCUGGGGGGAAGCCCCCAGCAGCGGGUAAGCGACCACGUGGGAGGAAGCCCCCAACUAUGGGUCAGCUCCCACCUCAGGGGGUGCCUCCCAUUGUGGUUCAGCACACUCCUGAGGGGCUGCCUACUAUUUUGGGACAUCUCCAACCUGGGGGGAAGCAGUUACCCCUGCUCUUGCUCCUACCCAGGGGCAUGAAGCCAGGUAUGCCUCCCCCCAAUGCCCCUGCCCACUGCUGGGAUCAUCCCCCGGUGGCAGGGACGAUGCAGCCCCAGCAGCCGAUGGGGCUGCAGCCCGGGGCCGCGUUGCGUGGGCAGCCCCCGCAGCCCGCAGGCAGCUGCCCGCUGCAGGCUGCCAGCCAGCCCGGCCCCUCCACUGUCCUCCAAGGACCUCCGGUGCAGCAGCGGGUCCUCGUGCCCGGCACCCUGCCCACCAUCUUAGAGCAGCCCAAGGAGCCGGAGGACCAGGGGCAGCCAGCACCCAUCGGCGUGUGCCCCCAUCCCAACGCGGCUCCGCUCAGCUGAAGCAUCGCAGCGCUGGAAUCAGGUGCAGCGACAACCAGCGCAGACAUCCCGGAGGACAUCACCGACAUCGGUGACCUCCUGGCUUGGAUGAACAGCGAAGUGGCACCCAAAGAGGUCCCGGACAACAUCCCGGGCACGGAUGAGGACGCGGCCGAGUGCCCAGCCCCUGCCUGCACCCCCAGCGGGCACCAGCAGAGCGCUGGCAGCAUCCGAGCCACCAAGAGGAAGCUGCCGCAGAGCCAGGAUGCUCCAGAACAAAAGCGCUCGCGCUAG